AUGGGAACAGUAUUCAGUGGAUUGACUAAGGAGGAUAUUAGGGUUAUAAGGCAGACAGGCUGCAGGUUACCCCCUAAGCAAAUAAAGCUUCUUUAUACUAGGUUUAAAGAACUAGAUAAAGAAGAAAUAGGAAGAAUAUUUGUAGACCAAUUACUAUGUAUCCCGGAGAUAAGUAUAAAUCCAUUUGGAGAGAGGGUUAUAAGGAAGAUAUGUGAUGAAGAUGGGAAGAUAGACUUCAAUGGGUUUGUAUCUGCUGCUACUAUUUUCAGUAAAUAUUCCACGAAUGAAGAGAAGGUGAAAUUCUUUUUUGACUUAAUCUCAGUAGACGGGAGAAUUACUAGAACAGAUUUAGAGGAAAUUGCAAGUAAUUUAUACCCGAAGGAUGAGAAUACAGAAGACAUAAGGGCAGGUAUAGAUGAGAUAUUUCAUGUAUAUGAUAAGACUAACAAGGAGUUCAUUGAAUGUAAAGACCUUAAUAAAAUGGACUGCAAUGCACUAGGCAGGAUAUUCUGA